AUGCCAAGUUGCUCUAUAUGCUAUCAGAUGCUGCUGGUAGUUCUAGUUCAAGUUUUACUUGUUUCACAGCUGCUUCCACUCUCUCAUAGCUCCCUUGUUAAGUUUCUUCCUGGACUCCAGGGACCUCUACCUUUUGAACUUGAAACUGGGUACGUUGGAGUUGGGGAAUCAGAGGAGUUGCAGCUCUUCUACUACUUUGUCAAGUCGGAGAGGAACCCUGAAAAGGAUCCUCUAAUGCUUUGGCUUACUGGUGGUCCUGGUUGCUCUGCUGUCUCUGCCCUUUUCUUUGAGAUAGGUCCAUUAAAUUUUAAAGUAGAGCAGUACAAUGGGAGUUUACCUACAUUAGUCUUAAAUCCACACUCUUGGACAAAGGUAUGUAGCAUAAUUUUCAUAGAUUCUCCCGUCGGAACAGGAUUUUCGUAUGCAAGAACUUCAUUUGCUUCUCAGCCAGGGGAUUUGGAACAAGUUCAACAUGCCCUUCAGUUCUUAAGGAGGUGGCUGGUUGACCACCCAAGUUUUAUGUCAAAUCCUUUCUAUAUUGGAGGUGAUUCAUAUUCUGGGAUUCCUGUCCCUGUUCUUGCUGAGCAAAUCUCUAAUGGCAAUGAAGCAGGUGUCAAGCCCAUAAUAAAUCUUCAGGGUUACAUACUAGGGAACCCAGUAACAGUGCGACAAUACGAAGUCAAUUCAGAAAUCCCAUUUGCUCAUGGAAUGGGACUUAUUUCUGAUGAACUGUACGAGUCCUUAACUACAAGCUGCAGAGGAGAUUUUCAGGAUGUUGAUCCCAGUAAUGUAGAGUGUGUGAAAAAUGUGCAGGCUUUUGAUGAGUGUACUUCACACAUAAAUUUCGCACAUAUUUUGGAACGCCAUUGCGACGGUCUUAUCUCCCCAAAGCUGCAACACAUGCUUGGUAAAAGAAGAUAUCUCAGUGACAACAAUGGCCUGCACCACCAUUCCAGAUCACCUCUUCCUACAUUCGGCUGUCGCACUUAUGGAUAUUUGCUUUCUCAAUAUUGGGCCAAUGAUCCUGUUGUCCGCAAAGUUCUUCACAUACGGAAGGGAAGCAUAGGGAACUGGCAGCGAUGCGACUACGAUAUGCCUUAUGUUGCUGACCUUCUUGGCAACAGCCUUCAGUACCAUGUAAACCUCAGUGCCAAAGGAUAUCCUUCUUUGAUAUACAGUGGAGACCAUGACAUGUUGGUUCCAUUUUUGGGUACCCAAGCAUGGAUAAGAUCUUUAAAUUAUUCCAUUGUUGAUGACUGGAGACCAUGGUUUGUUCAUUCCCAAAUUGCAGGUUACACGAGGACUUACGCGAAUCGGAUGACAUUUGCUACUGUGAAGGGAGCAGGACACACAGCACCCGAGUACAAGCGUGAAGAAUGUUUGAAUAUGUUCACAAGGUGGAUAUCUGGGGAACUCUUGUAA